AUGUCGGAGCUCGCAGUUGGCCAGACGGUACGUCUAUCAGACGGCCGGACUGGCAUCGUUCGCUUCGCCGGUGGAACGCACUUCGCUAGCGGUGAUUGGGUGGGCAUUGAGCUUGAGGAUGAUAGCGGGAAGAACGAUGGCAGCGUUCAGGGCGAGCGAUACUUUGACUGUGCCCUUGGGCAUGGCAUGUUUGUGCGCCCGACGACAUUGGCCAUCAUCGCCCAGGCGCCUGCUCCGGCGGCGAAGCCAGCAGCUCGCAGGCCUAGCCGGCCGAGCAGCUUCAAUCCUGGCGCUGGGAGGACGACCAGCGACACGGGUUUGACCAAGAGGAUGAGUCUGAAUGCGCCGAGUCCUAGUCCGGGACCUAAGGUGUCCCGGCCGGGGACUCGGAUCAGCAACAUCGAGUACCGCGCCAUCGCGAACUACCACACCGUCCAAUACACGUACACCAGCUACAGCUGCCAAAACGCGGCCAAGCCUCCCACACGGCCCACCCCAGGAAGACCUAAUAGUGGUCGACUUUCCAUCUCUGGACGGACUGCGGGUUCUGCGAGAAGGCCCUCCGCGGACAUGGGAGCUGGGAAGAACGCCGACAGCGGCGAAGACGCAGGUGCCACGUCUCCCAACAAAGAUGGCGAGACAAGCCCCGUGAGAGCAAGGACAAAGGCUUUGGAGAAGCUCACAUCAGGCUCCGCGUCUACAACGCCUACAAGCUCAACAAAACCAGCGACAACCGCCCGUUCUACACCAAAUGCCGCCGCUGCGAAUAGAGAGAUAGAGGACCUCAAGGCCAAGCUGAAAGUGCUUGAGAGAAAGAGAUUGGAGGACAGAGAGAAGUUGAAGCAAUUGGACCAGGUCCAAGGCGAGCGGGACAGAUUCCAGUCGAUUAUAGAAAAGUUGCAGGCGAAAUAUCAGCCUCAGCAAAGCGAGAACAAUGAGUUGCGAAAACAAUUAAAGGAGGCAGAGGAGAGGUUCGAAUCCAUCGAAUCAAUGCAGAUGGAGCAUGAGACCGCCUUGGAGCUGGCCACAUUGGACCGUGAGAUGGCUGAAGAGACGGCCGAGGUUCUUAAGGUUGAACUUGAGGCUCUGAAGCAGAAGUCGGAAGAGCUUGAGCUCGAAGUGGAAAUUCUCCGCGAAGAGAAUGCGGAAUUCGGCCAGGGUAUGUCAGCGGAAGACCGAGCCAGCACCGGAUGGCUGCAGAUGGAGAGGACGAACGAGCGGCUCCGCGAAGCUCUCCUGCGAUUGCGCGACUUGACUCAGCAACAAGAGGAGGAGCUCAAGGACCAAAUCAAGACUUUGGAGGAUGAUCUCCAAGAAUUUGGCACCGUUAAGGAGCAGUUUGAUGCGGCGAAAGAAAAGUUGGCCCAAUCCGAGGCUGCAGUUGAGGAUCUUCGGCAACAACUCGAUAAUGCUUUGGGCGCUGAAGAUAUGAUCGAGGACCUCACUGAGCGUAACAUGAGCAUGUCUGAGCAAAUCGAAGAACUCAAGGCCGUCAUCGAAGAUCUCGAAAACCUAAAGGAGAUCAACGACGAGCUGGAGAUCAACCACGUCCAGAACGAAAAGGAGAUGCAAGAGGACCUCGACUUCAAGGACAGCGUCAUCACGGAGCAGGCGCGACGGGCGGGCGAGCAAGAGGAGGCCCUGGAGGACAUGGAAUACACCCUGUCCCGCUUCAGAGGACUGGUCACAAGCUUGCAGAGCGACCUCGAGGACAUGCGGGCGUCACACGCUGUGACCGAGACGGAAUCCGAGCAGCUUAACAGCAAGUCUCGCGCUAUGAUGGACCUGAACAUGAAGCUCCAGAUCUCCGCCUCCAAGGCCCAAGUCAAGACGAUCGACCUCGAGCUACGACGACUGGAGGCUCAGGAGGCCGAGCAACACUUGGAGAUUGUCAAGAUGUUCUUGCCUGAUACCUACAAGGAGGACCAAGACUCUGUGCUUGCUCUGCUGAGGUUUAGGAGAUUGGCCUUCAAGGCCGAGCUCCUGCAGUCGUUCAUCAAGGAGCGUGUCAACGGCCAACCUCAUCCUGGCCACGAGGACGACGUCUUUGCUGGCUGCGAUGCUAUUGACAAACUUACAUGGGUCGCUUCUAUGUGCGAGCGCUUCACUAACGCCAUCAGCCACUGCUCGAUUGAACAGUUCCAGCGGUUCCAGAAUGCCUUGUUUGAGCUGGAGCCAGUGGAGCGGGCGCUGAACGGAUGGAUCGACGGCUUGCGACGAGAUGACCUCAAGGAGCAGAAGUGUGCGGACGAACUCCAGCGCACGAUUGCGCUCAUGUCCCAUCUCGCUGAAGUUCACCUCACCAACGAGCUGCCCGACUUUGCCGAGGACACGUACAUGCAGACUGUCGUCAUGCAGAGCCAUCUUGAGUCUGCCGGAGCCACCUUUGCUGCUUUGCGUGGAAUGGUCCAGAGAGUUGUGCCCCCCGAGUCUGAAGACGAUGAGAUGGCGCAGCACUUUAGCAAGAAAUCCGAGUUUGUCGUUGCUCAGACCCGGAGUGCCAAGGUUAUUGCUGGAAAGGCUGUGCGGGCCCUGCAAGAUCUCAAGUCUCGCUCGCUGGCGUUGCCGCAAGAGACCAAGGAGUCCUUUGAGCAGUGCCAGGAUGCCACUCAACAGCUGGCAGCGUUGGCUCGUGAGAUUGGCUCCGACUUGCAUACGCUCCUACACGAGGAAGGCCGUAACGAGCCCUUUACGUACCGCGAAGUCCAGGAUACAAUCUCCAAGGCCACCACCAAGGUCACCAUGUCGAGCGAGUCCGACCUCUUCUCAACGUACCUGUCUAGGCUUCGUACUCUUACCAGCCAGAUCUCAGACCUGGCCGCACUUAGCGCAGAUUUGUCCCAGACGCAAGAGUUUGAAGUCAGCCCCGCACCGUGGAAGCUUCGUUCCCAGGAGCUCAAGGCCAUCAAGACAAUCCCCGUCGAUGCGGAGGAGGAGAUGCGCCGCCUUAAGGAGGAGCACAACGAAGCCCGCGUGGCGAUUGCGCAGCGCGACGAGAAUCUGAGCACGGCCAACCUCAAGAUUGAGACCCUCGAGUCGAGGAUGAAGGAUGCUAAUGCCAAGGCUUCCCGCAUUGAGGAUCUCGAGGCGCAGAUCGAGGCUGCGAAGCAAAAGGCUGCUAGUCUCAGGGAAGACAUUGAUAAGCAAGACCGCGAGCUCAAGACACUGGAGACGGACCGCGACAAGUGGAAAAAGAUUGCCGGCGACAGCAAGGCUUUUGCGGACGGCGCCGGUGCAGCGGGCGCCAAGGCCGGCCAGGAGCGGGCGGUUGCUACGGCGCGCGAGAUGGAUGCUCUCAAAAGCGAGAUUGCGAGCCUGCAGGCUGCCGUGCGAUACCUUCGCGAGGACAACAGGCGCGCCAGGACGACGGAGCAGCACAACUACGACUGGCUGGCGGAGCCGCUCACCAAGUCACCUUCCGUCGUGGAACAGCGCCGCGCCCUCGUCGUGGCGGAGGGCAAGGAUGUUCUCAGCGAGCUGGUCAAGUUCACAACGUCGGCCCGCGUAUACGACCUUGCUUCCCUGCCGGAGGACAAGCUCGCGUGGAAGCCAGCGCGCAGCACGCCCCAGUACCACGCGGCCAAGCAGAGGGAGGACCUCGCGGCGUGGAACAGCUGGCGGAACUCGGUGCUCAAGAAGUCCGAGGUCGUGCUAGGGCGCAAGGAUGGGGCGGCGGCGGAGAAGAGGCAGAUGAUGAAGAGCGUGGCGGCGAGAUUGCAGAUUCGUUUGCCGGACGCGGACGGCAAGAUGGUGCCCGGCGGCGGGAGGGAUGUGCAGAUUGUGGGAUCGCGCGAGUGGGAGGGGAUACAGGGCCGACUGGCGGCAGUAUGA